AUGUCCCAGAAAAAGAACCAAGAGCUUCCACCAACCAAGGCACCCCUGCCCCCAUUCGGUCAACCAGGGCACCAAGGAAAAUCCGCUCUCCUUCGCGAGAACUUUCUCUGCAACCUUGCAGAUGCGAUAGUUCCUACUGGUCUUUUCAGUGAUCAUAAGAGACAUCGCCGAGAUAGCGCAUAUAGGGCGGGGGACUUCAAGAAGGCCGAUGUAGAGGCUCAUGAUGAGGAGGAUGACUGGGUUAACUUGAUAGAUAAGACUGUCAAAUCUGGUCCUCUGCAAAUUACACCUCGUGAUGUGAAUUCUGAAGAGCGUCGUCGCAGUCCUAGCAUGAGCAAGUCUCCACCGAUGAGUCCAGGUUUUAGCGAGGCUAAGCUCAAUGCGAGAUCGAUCCAGGAUGCAUUUGUUGCCUGGGCUAUCACGGGUGAUACCGAUCUGACUCCUGCCGUGCUUGGUCAGCCCGACAAUUCCAAGUUCGUUCUUCGCCGAUACGAUAUUCGGGAUCCAACCAAGAUCGAGAAGAAGCGCAUCGACUUGAAUAUCGAUGAAUUUGACUGGAAUAACAAGGAGCAUGUCGACAGACUGAACAAGGCUCGUCGUCACUGGGAGAUCAAUACCCUGGAGUCCAACCCACAGACCAGUGGAAAGUCUCGCGUCACCGUUGAUGGCAGACGAUCUCCGGUCGACACUUCCGUCGGAAGCUGGUCGCCUGGCGACGAGGAGGGGGAUGGAGACUUGAUUGACCUUUAG